CAGGUCUGAACAUGUUUAAUUUUUGUUACUCCUUCCGAGUUACGCUAAGUGACUACAAUACGAAGACGAUAACAAAGCGAAAUAUUUAUUUGUGUACUUCGAGCUUAUUGAAAUGGAUGGACAACAUCGCUGCAUGAGUGACUAGUGACAAAGUUAGUCUGUUGCGAAGAAAAGACAUGGAUUUCCCACCAGAGUUUAGUGAUAAUGAAGUCCGCGAAGAACUGGCUCGUUUGGGCUAUACCAAUAUACCUAAUGAUAAGCUACGGGAAUUUAGAAAAGAUCUUGAUCAGCUAAUCCGACUUGAGAGGAGCAAGGGGAGCUCAGUUAACAGCAGCUUUUCCUUUGAUUUAAACUAUAACAUGACUGCUAGUGCCGAUCCUACUGGAAUAUCCCAUCACGAUGACACAGAGUUAUCUAGGCAUGCUGAACCCAGCUCAGAGUCUGGUGGAUUGUGGUCUGAAUUUACUAACAAAGGUGGUUCAAUGCCUGUUUCAUCUGAUGAUGCUGUGAAGAAAAAUGAUAUUGAGCCAUCAGACCUUGGAGCUAAAGUUGAAUCACUGAAUAGGCCAAAAUCUGCCCCUGUGCCAGGGUAUUAUUCUCUAUAUGAAAUGUCAACAAGAAUGCAGGUUAAAAGUCCAGCUGUGCGGGAUGAUAUGUCUGAAACAGAUUCAGAGAGAAGACGCUUGAUGAAAAGGAAGACACUUAGGAAGAACCACCAAGGCUCAAAAUUUAUUGAUGAGACAGUAUCAGAAAGCGAUAACGGAAGCAUUGGUGAUGCACAAGAAAUGGUGGACCGCCUGGUGUUGCAUGAUUUAGAUAAUGGGCAAGAAUUCAGGAGAUGCCACUCAGCUAGAUCUGCACAGGAACCCCCACCCUACCGCCUAAGUCCCAGUGAUCCUCGACUGCCUUCAGUUAUCUAUUCGAUGGAGGAGCAUCCACACACAAAAAACCUUCGACGUAUGGACCCCGUUAAUCGGUACCAUGAGAUGAAGCAGGCUUGGUCUCUACAAAAAGCACCUGGAGAAAAGUUGCAUAAGAGAUUGCGCUGGAACAUCAGGGAGCAGAUGCUGGUACAGGAAAUCCCCGAGAAGAAGCAGCAUAAGAUUUUUGUGCCCAACAGUUAUGUGGUACCGACUGAAAAGAAGCGGUCAGCCCUCUGCUGGCAGAUUCGCAUGGACAUGGCACAAGGAAAUAUGCCAGCAUGUGGAGUUUUUCAUGACUUCUAGUAGUACAGCUGGUUAAAUUUAUUUCUUGUUUAAGGUAGAGUACUCCAUAAAUUAUCUUUUUUGGGUUUUUUUUUAGGAUUUCUAAUGUUCUUUUGCUAUAGAAUAACUAGUAAAAAAUAUAUGCAUGCAUUUCUUAAGUGACUGUGAUGAAAUUUUAGACUGUGAUCGACAUUUUUGUUCAAGAAUGUAUAAUGGACUAAAAAUCAUAGACUGUUAAGUGUAAGCACGAAGGCCAAAAAAACUUUUUAGAAAAUUUAGUUUUUAUUAAAUGACAUUAAUAUUGCAAAAUACUGCUUGAUAUAAUUUCUUAUUACCAGACCGUGUACUCCACAAGUCAGCUGCAUUUUUGCAUCCAUAACAAUUUUUAGACUUCAGACUAAAGGGAGAUUUCUUCAGCCAACUUCUUUCAUAUUUUUGUCAGCAGGUUUCAGAUCAUGGCCUAGACCAGGCCAAAAUAUAAUAUCUGAUGAUUUCAAUGACUGCUCCUCAGAAAAUUGAGAAUGAAAUUUCUAAAUAUCUGUGAGAAAACCCUCUGUUUUACAGAGAAAAUAAUUUCUUAGUAUCUGUGAAAACACCCUCUUUGUUUUACAGAGAAAAUAGGAUCAGUUCCUAUGGAGAUAUAAUAAGAAUAAGUUUUAAACCUUUUCAAUUCCCAGUAAUUUGCUGAUUUAUUUUGAAGUCUGAAAAAUAUCCAAUAGGUCGAGCACCCACUUUAUGGAAACAAUGACAGUCUAACAAAGUAAAUUAAGUGAUCAUAUGUUCCAUCUUGGAUAAAUGAUUAUUUAAGAACAGUUCGAAGUUAUUUUUGAUAAACUGAAAUCUCGUUAGGAUUUUAAAUAUAGAUUCUUUGUUAGUGUUUAUGUAUCAAUAGGUUGUUGGUUUCAGUAGAAUCUAGAGUCUGGGCGAUUGAAAACACCCAAUGUUUUAUCAAGCAUAUAAUUCAGAUGUGUUACAUUAAAAAACUGGUUUAUUGUCAGGCCUGUGCAUUGAUAAGUAAUGGCAUUUUCAUGGGGUAUGAGAUAGGUCUUGAUUUCUGGGCAACAAACGUUUAUCUUUCAGCAGCAGUGCACCAAUGUUUGUUUAGGGUGGUUAUGUGUUGUUUUUCUUUAAGUUUCAGUGGUUACAUUUUCACAGAAUUGAAUGUAGAGAAUUGUCUCCAAAUCUGUCUGAAAGGCAAGGCAUAGAGUUGUCAGUGAUGAGUAAAUGAGUUUUGUGCAAGCAGUCAUAUGAUUUAUUUUUUAAUCUUGAUUUUUAAUGUCGGGCUUGUUGUUGACAGCUUUUGUGACUUCAAUCUAUUUGAAAAUAAAUAUUGAACAAAUU